AUGUCACUUAUAUUAAGAUGUGUUAAUGUUUCAGCAAGUCCGAUAUAUGUGGAAGAGUUCUUUUUAGGAUUUCUAAAAGUGGGUGAUACAUCAGGGCAAGGGAUUUUUGAUGAACUUGUAGAUGCUUUGAAAGCUCUUAAACUUGAUAUUGGUGACGUAAGAGGACAAUGCUCACUCACACAAGAAGCCAAUGGCCAAGGACAUUGCAUUGACCCGGACGAGCUCACCAAGUGGUCAUUCUACAGAGCCAUCAGCCCCGAGUUCAUUGCCACCCUCUUGUUCCUCUACAUCACUGUCCUCACUGUCAUUGGCUACAAGAGCCAGACUGAUCCAACCAAGAACGCCGACGGAUGUGGUGGCGUCGGCAUUCUCGGCAUCGCUUGGGCAUUUGGCGGCAUGAUCUUCAUCCUUGUCUACUGCACCGCCGGUAUUUCUGGAGGGCACAUCAAUCCGGCAGUUACCUUUGGGUUGUUUCUGUCUCGGGAGGUGUCUCUGGUCCGAGCUGUGAUGUACAUGGUGGCUCAGUGUCUAGGGGCCAUAUGUGGUUGUGCGUUGGUGAAGGCAUUCCAGAAACCCUACUAUGUCAAGUAUGGUGGAGGUGCCAACGAGCUCUCUGAUGGGUACAGCACAGGCACAGGGUUGGCAGCUGAGAUCAUAGGCACUUUCGUUCUCGUUUACACUGUCUUCUCGGCCACUGAUCCCAAAAGAAGCGCCCGGGAUUCCCAUGUUCCUGUGUACCAUGUGUUCGUAUAUAUGUCAUUGUUAUUUCAACACUAGUAAUUUUCAAGAAAACAAAAUAGUCAUCGACUGGGUUCUUAUUUGAAUUAAAGGUUCUGGCCACAAUCCCAAUCACUGGCACCGGUAUUAACCCAGCUCGAAGCUUUGGAGCUGGUGUAAUAUAUGGCAAGGACAAAGCACGGGAUGAUCAAGUAUGUCCCUCCCUCCUCUGCUUAUUCUCAUUGUUUUACUUUUUAUUUUUUAUUUUUUUAUUAUUAUUUUUUUUUAUCUUAAAUUUCUGUGUGUUUUUCUUAUGAUCAAGGCCAAAACUGAUCAAUUUAUAUUUGCUCUCUGAUGUUAU